GUAAACCACUACUAAUAUUUUACCAGACCCUCAACAAAGACAUAUUCAACACAAUUUACGGUGCCUCCAAAUAAGUUGUUUAAUUGUGGUGGUUUAAUGCUCAACUUUGACAGCAGGUGUCACUAUAGGUCACAGAAAGUUAGCAGCGAAUCAUCUGGGCCUUGUCUGGGAAUUCUCUGCUGCUCUUCUCUUCCCAUUCUUCCUCUGCAGACAGACGCACAACAUGGCGGAUUAGAGGAGUUGGCUAACGCGCUCGGAUUCAGCGGAUAAACCGUGGGACUAACAUCCAGGAGAAGAAGACACGAGUCUUCGAUGAGGAACAAGGGGAUUUGAGGCGAAGAGAGGAUUUAUUUUAAACCCACCACAGGGCCUGGAUGUUGUUCACCGUACUGCCCUGGAAGCGCUGACCGUUUGUCCCGGAUCGUGUUCCCCUCCACUCCGCUCACAAUCUCGGUUCCUGGGGUGUGGAGUCUGGGGGCCGACGCUGAAACAUAUUCUUUGAAGCACUCAGGAGAGAAAAGGGGGGAUUCCAGAGCGAACCUUUGCUUUAGUUGCUCCUCUUUUCUCCACUACAUGGUCCGGUCUCCCUUUUUCAGGAGAUCCAGGAGUUGAGGACUACGCUGUUCGAAUGAGUGACUGAUGCCAACUUCGUUUUUUCAGGGCAGAAUGGGGGUGUGUCCCCUGCUCAUGCUGCUAGCUCUUGCCCUCAAGGCCUCAGCCCAGGAUCAUGCUCCUGUCACAAGUCCUCCAAACAUCACCACACCCACAGACCCAGCUGUUGCACCCUCCCUGAACCUGACAAUAGCACCAGCAGUGGUGCCCCCAGACCCCCCCACAGCUGGCCCCUCUGUGGUCAUCCCUGUGCCAGUGACAACCACCGCUGCCACGACACCUACCAGCCCAGGUGAUAUGGGAGGUGCGGAGCCUGUGAACCCGGAUCCUGCCAUACGGGUCUUACCUAUCCCUGCUCCCCCGAGCCCAGAAGGCACUGAGGCACCACCGAGCACCGGACCAGAGGUGGAGGGAGGGGGAAACAGCAGCAGCAGCAGCACAACAACAUCCACACCAGAUAAAGUGACCACAGAGGCCUAUUCAUAUGAGGAUAUCCUCACAAUUGAGACGGAGAGCACCACAGAGCCGGGAGUGGUUUUCCCCUCAGACACCACUACUAGGGACAUGGGCAAAGACCCGGCAGAUGACAUGCCAAUCAUAACUGUGAUGGUGGGGCUGUCCUCCCUGCUGGUCAUCAUCUUCAUCAUCAUCAUCCUCUACAUGCUCAGGUUCAAGAAGUACAAGCAGGCAGGAAGUCACUCGAACUCCUUCAGACUGUCCAACGGGAGAUCGGAUGAUACAGAACUCCAGAGUGUGCCGCUCCUGGCCCGGUCGCCCAGCACAAACAGAAAGUACCCACCUCUGGCUGUUGACAAGCUGGAGGAAGAAAUGAACCGUCGCAUGGCGGAUGACAACAAACUCUUCAGAGAAGAGUUCAAUGCACUGCCAGUCUGCCCCAUACAGGCGUCAUGUGACGCUGCGUCCAAGGAUGAGAAUAAAGAAAAGAACAGAUAUGUUAACAUCCUGCCAUAUGAUCACUCAAGGGUUCACCUCUCACCACUAGAGGGAGUCCCCGACUCUGACUUCAUCAACGCCUCCUUUAUAAAUGGUUACCAGGAGAAGAACAAGUUUAUUGCAGCUCAAGGGCCCAAGGAGGAGACAGUAAAUGACUACUGGAGGAUGAUCUGGGAGCAGAACACAGCCACGAUAGUGAUGGUGACCAACCUGAAGGAGAGGAAAGAGUGUAAGUGUGCUCAGUACUGGCCGGACCAGGGCUGUUGGACAUAUGGGAACAUCCGCGUAUCUGUGGAAGAUAGCAUGGUUUUAGUGGACUACACCAUACGAAAGUUCUGCAUCCAGCAGGUUGGAGACGUGUCUGGUAAAAAGCCUCAGAGACUGGUCACCCAGUUUCAUUUUACCAGUUGGCCAGACUUUGGGGUGCCCUUCACUCCCAUUGGAAUGCUCAAGUUUCUCAAAAAGGUCAAAACCUUUAACCCCCAGUACGCUGGGCCUAUUGUAGUCCAUUGCAGUGCGGGGGUGGGCAGAACAGGUACUUUCAUUGUGAUUGAUGCCAUGGUGGACAUGAUGCUCGCAGAGAGGAAGGUAGACGUGUUUGGUUUCGUCACUCGGAUCAGAGCACAGCGCUGUCAGAUGGUCCAGACUGAUAUGCAGUACGUCUUCAUAUUCCAGGCGUUGUUGGAGCACUACCUGUAUGGAGACACAGAGCUGGAGGUGACCUCUCUGGAGUCUCACCUGGCCAAACUUUACACUCCUUUACCUGGAGCUGGCUGCAGCGGUCUGGAUGCAGAAUUUAAGAAACUAACAUCCAUCAAGAUCCAAAAUGACAAGAUGAGAACAGGAAACCUUCCAGCCAACAUGAAGAAGAACAGGGUUCUUCAGAUCAUUCCAUAUGAGUUCAACAGGGUGAUCAUUCCAGUCAAACGAGGAGAGGAAAACACAGACUACGUCAACGCCUCCUUUAUCGAUGGCUACCGUCAGAAGGACUCGUACAUGGCGAGCCAGGGUCCCUUACAGCACACCAUCGAAGACUUCUGGAGAAUGAUCUGGGAGUGGAGGAGCUGCUCCAUUGUUAUGCUCACUGAACUGGAGGAGAGAGGACAGGAGAAAUGUGCUCAGUACUGGCCCGGGGAUGGAGUGGUGGUCUACGGCGACAUCUCCAUUGAGCUGAAAAGGGAGGAGGAAAGUGAAAGCUACACAGUGCGUGAUCUCCUGGUCACUAACAACAGGGAGAACAAGGCUCGAGCUGUCCGUCAGUUUCAUUUCCAUGGUUGGCCAGAGGUGGGGAUCCCCACUGAUGGAAAGGGCAUGAUCAAUAUAAUUGCUGCGGUGCAGAAACAACAGCAACAGUCGGGCAAUCACCCCAUCACUGUACACUGCAGCGCUGGUGCUGGACGAACAGGAACCUUCUGUGCACUGAGUACAGUCCUGGAAAGGGUGAAGGCAGAAGGCAUUCUGGACGUCUUCCAGACGGUCAAGAGCCUUAGACUGCAGAGACCCCACAUGGUGCAGACACUAGAACAGUACGAGUUCUGCUACAAAGUCGUCCAGGAGUACAUCGAUGCCUUUUCUGACUAUGCCAACUUCAAGUAGGGGCCUGGAGUGGAUGGAUGAAUGGAUUAUGAGUGAACAAAUAAACAUCCAGCAUACACUCAUUCACAAACCGACUCACUCACACAUUACCAUGAAAACAAAAACUGCAUAUUUUUCCAUCAGAUGGAUUUAGACUUAAGGACCUGGAGAGUGGAUGGCAUGAACUGAAACAAGGAAAAGGGAACAGGUCCCCCGGUCCAGCAGAAAGAGCAGGGCAGCGCAAUGGGACACAGAAAAUAACUAAGAUGCCUUUUUGAAAAUUUUGUAAUAUUUGUUCUUGUCUAUACAGCCCCUAUAUUUCCACCACUCGUCUUUAUAUGUAUAUAGACCUUACUGUGUUGCAUCCUAAUACGUUGUUUUUGGGUUUUUUUUUUCUGAGACGGUUUUGAGUUUUGCUGCAUUUUUGGGUGGGACCUGUAAUAUCUACACACACAAACACACACUGCCUGAGCCAUGCUGAAGAAUAACUCAGACCAAGGAGUAUCAAAGUCUACACACACACACACACACACACACACACAUC